CCCCACCCCAAGCCGCCCACCAGCCCCCUUCCCUCCGGGCCGGAGCCUGAGCCGAAUACGGCCGGCUGUGCCGAGCCGAGCCGAGCCGCCGGCGCCGCCGGGAAGAUGGCCGUGGCGCUGCGGUACUUGUGGCCUCUCCUCCUGUGCAGCCCCUGCCUGCUCAUCCAGAUCCCCGAGGAAUAUGAAGGAUACCAUGUGAUGGAGCCACCUGUCAUCACGGAUCAGUCUCCACGGCGCCUGGUUGUCUUCCCCACAGAUGACAUAAGCCUCAAGUGUGAGGCCACCGGCAAACCCGAAGUGCAGUUCCGCUGGACUCGAGAUGGUGUCCACUUCAAACCCAAGGAGGAGCUGGGUGUGACCGUGCACCAGGCGCCCCGCUCCGGCUCCUUCACCAUCACCGGCAACAACAGCAACUUUGCCCAGAGGUUCCAGGGCACCUAUCGCUGCUUUGCCAGCAAUAAGCUGGGCACCGCCAUGUCCCAUGAGAUCCAGCUCAUGGCCGAGGGUGCCCCCAAGUGGCCAAAGGAGACCGUAAAACCUGUCGAGGUAGAGGAAGGGGAGUCAGUGAUUCUGCCUUGCCACCCUCCACCCAGCGCAGAGCCUCUCCGGAUCUACUGGAUGAACAGCAAGAUCUUGCAUAUAAAACAGGACGAGCGGGUGACGAUGGGCCAGAAUGGCAACCUCUACUUUGCCAACGUGCUCACCUCGGACAAUCACUCAGACUACAUCUGCCACGCCCACUUCCCUGGCACCCGGACCAUCAUUCAAAAGGAACCCAUUGACCUCCGGGUCAAGGCCACCAACAGCAUGAUCGACAGGAAGCCACGCCUGCUCUUUCCCACCAAUGCCAGCAGCCACCUGGUGGCCCUGCAGGGGCAGCCGUUGGUCCUGGAGUGCAUCGCUGAGGGCUUCCCCACGCCCACCAUCAAGUGGCUUCGCCCAAGUGGCCACAUGCCAGCCGACCGAGUCACCUACCAGAACCACAACAAGACCCUGCACCUGCUGGAUAUGGGCGAAGAGGACGACGGCGAGUACCGCUGCCUGGCUGAGAACUCACUAGGCAGUGACCGGCACACUUACUACGUCACCGUGGAGGCUGCCCCGUACUGGCUGCACAAGCCCCAGAGCCAUCUGUAUGGGCCAGGGGAAACUGCCCGCCUGGACUGCCAAGUGCAGGGCAGGCCCAAACCAGAAGUCACCUGGAGAAUCAAUGGGAUCCCUGUGGAGGAGCUGGGCAAGGACCAGAAGUACCGGAUCCAGCAUGGAGCCCUGACCCUGAGCAAUGUGCAGCCCAGCGACACGAUGGUCACCCAGUGCGAGGCCCGCAACCGGCAUGGGGUCCUGCUGGCCAAUGCCUACAUCUAUGUUGUCCAGCUACCAGCCAAGAUCCUGACCCCAGACAAUGAGACCUACUUGGCGGUCGAGGGCAGCACUGCCUACCUUCUGUGCAAGGCCUUCGGAGCCCCUGUGCCCGGCGUCCAGUGGCUGGACAAGGAAGGAAAGACCGUGCUGCAGGACGAACGCUUCUUCCCCUACACCAAUGGGACCCUGGGCAUCCGGGACCUCCAGGCCAAUGACACCGGACACUACUACUGCCAGGCUGCUAAUGACCAAAACAACGUAACCAUUGUGGCGAACCUGCAGGUCAAAGAUGCCACUCAGAUCACACAGGGACCCCAGAACGCAAUCGAGAAGAAAGGCUCAAGAGUGACAUUCACGUGCCAGGCCUCCUUCGACCCCUCCUUGCAGCGCAGCAUCACCUGGCGCAGGGAUGGCCGAAACCUCCAGGAGCUUGGGGAUAGUGACAAGUACUUCAUAGAGGACGGGCGCCUGGUCAUUCACAGCUUGGACUACAGUGACCAAGGCAACUACAGCUGUGUGGCCAGCACCAAGCUGGAUGUGGUGGAAAGCAAGGCGGAGCUCCUGGUGGUGGGGAGCCCUGGGCCAGUGCCUCAGUUGGAGCUGUCCGGUCGUCACCUGCUGAAGCAGAGCCAGGUGCACCUGUCUUGGAGUCCCGCUGACGACCACAACUCCCCCAUUGAGAAGUAUGACAUUGAAUUUGAAGACAAGGAGAUGGCACCUGAGAAAUGGUACAGUCUGGGCAAGGUGCCUGGAAACCAGACCUCCACCACCCUCAAGCUCUCACCCUAUGUCCACUACACCUUUAGAGUUACUGCCAUCAACAAAUACGGCCCCGGGGAGCCCAGCCCGGCUUCUGAGACUGUGGUCACACCUGAGGCAGCCCCGGAGAAGAACCCCGUGGACGUGAGGGGGGAAGGCAAUGAGACCAACAACAUGGUCAUCACUUGGAAGCCGCUCAGGUGGAUGGACUGGAAUGCCCCCCAUGUUCAGUAUCGCGUGCAGUGGCGCCCUCAGGGGCUGCGGGGCGCCUGGCAGGAACAGAUCGUGAAUGACCCCUUCCUAGUGGUGUCCAACACGUCCACCUUUGUACCCUAUGAGAUCAAGGUCCAGGCCAUCAACAGCCAGGGCAAAGGCCCCGAGCCCCAGGUCACCAUUGGCUACUCUGGAGAAGACUACCCCCAGGCAAGCCCUCAGCUGGAAGACGUCAAGAUCCUCAACUCGAGCACCGUGCUGGUCAAGUGGUGGCCCUUGGACCCAGCCCAGGUCAAGGGUCACCUCCGCGGAUAUAAUGUGACAUACUGGUGGGAGGGCAGUCAGAGGAAGCACAGCAAGAGGCAUGUCCACAAAGGCCACGUGGUGGUGCCUGCCAACACCACCAGCACCAUCCUGGGAGGCCUGCGGCCCUACAGCUCCUACCAUCUGGAGGUGCAGGCUUUUAAUGGCCGGGGCCUGGGACCCGCCAGCAAGAUGACCUUCAGCACCCCAGAGGGCGUGCCCGGCCACCCUGAGGCAUUGCACCUGGAGUGCCAGUCGAACACCAGUCUGCUGCUGCACUGGCAGCCUCCGCUCAGUCACAAUGGCGUGCUCACUGGCUACGUGCUCUCUUACCACUCACUGGAUGAUGGGGUCAUGGAGCAGUUGUCCUUCAACCUUUCGGACCCUGAGCUGCGGAUGCACAACCUGACCAACCUCAGCCCCCACCUGAGGUACCGCUUCCAGCUUCAGGCCACCACUAAGGAGGGCCCUGGUGAGGCCAUUGUGCAAGAAGGAGGCACGAUGGCCUUAUCUGGGACUCUGGAUUUUGGCAAUAUCUCGGCCAUGGCUGGAGAGAAUUACAGCGUGGUCUCCUGGGUCCCCAAGGAGGGCCAGUGCAACUUUGGGUUCCAGAUCUCGUUCAAAGCCCGGGGAGAAGAGAAGAUGGGUGCUUAUCUACCGCCACAGUACGUCAGCUACAACCAGAGGUCCUACACGCAGUGGGACUUGCAGCCUGAUACCGACUACGACAUCUGUCUACUCAAGAACACGGUGCUCCUACACCAGAUGGCUGUGAAGACGAACGGCACUGGCCGAAUGAGACUCCCUCCUCCUGGCUUUGCCACUGAGGGCUGGUUUAUCGGCUUCAUCAGCGCCAUCAUUCUCUUGCUCCUCAUCUUGCUCAUCCUCUGCUUUAUCAAGCGCAGCAAGGGUGGCAAGUACUCAGUGAAGGAUAAAGAGGACACCCAGGUGGACUCCGAGGCCCGGCCGAUGAAGGACGAGACCUUUGGCGAGUACAGCGACAACGAGGAGAAGGCCUUCGGCAGCAGCCAGCCAUCCCUCAAUGGAGACAUCAAGCCCCUGGGCAGCGACGACAGCCUGGCUGACUAUGGGGGCAGCGUGGACGUCCAGUUCAACGAGGACGGCUCUUUCAUUGGCCAGUACAGCGGCAAGAAGGAGAAGGAGGCGGCAGGAGGCAACGACAGCUCAGGGGCUGCCUCCCCCAUCAACCCUGCAGGGACCCUGGAGUAGUGGGGUCCGGCCAGGCAAGGCAGGCAGGGUGCAGCCCGGGGCUGGGCCGCAGGGGAGUCAGAGGCCAGAACCCCCAUGCCCGAUGCCUGCUCUGGGUCCCUGACCUUGGGACUGAGGCCCCUCCCUGCCUCCACCAGGCCGCGCCCCACCCUCUGGCCCUGGGCCCAUGGGAGGCUUGAGUCGGGAUCAGAGGAGAGAAGCUCACUGCCUAAUCCCCUUCUGACUACCCGGUUCCCAUUUUAUUGCCAAAACCCAGCUGUACCCCUUCUUGGGCACACACUGCUUUGCUCCAGUUCGGGGGCCAGCCAAUCACUCACAUCAGGAGCCUUCAGGUGCUGCCUCACCAGCCUUUGCACAGAGAGGCCGUGGUGGUCGGGAGGGGGUUGAGAGGGGGUGGGGUGGAAGUGGGGACGGCCCCAGAGGGGUCUCUCAGAUGCCGCCUGGCGAGUUCUCCUCAGGACCAGGGGCGGCACCUUCACCCCCAGCUACUCUCCGGCCGGCCUGGCUGGAACUGGGAAUGGAACUCCGUGUCCCCACCAUCUGCUCCCUUUUCUUUGCCAUCUCUGCUCCAACCAGGUUGGGAGCUGGGCAAGCUGGCCACGGGUGCAGAGGAAGCCAUCUGGAGAGCCCAGAGUCCCCACACGCCGGUAGCACCCCUCCUCCCGAUGCCCACCCCACCUUGUGGCUGGCUUUCAGGAGCUCCAUACACACGCUGCCUUCGGUACCCACCAGACAACAUCCAAGUGGCCUCCAUCACUGCCGGGGUGCAGGGUGGGCACACCUCCUCCCCACUGCCCCUGGCCCCGGCCUCUCCCAGCCGCCACCACCACACCCCAGGACUCCUUAGCCCGCCACCCCCAGUCUGAACAGUUUUCUUCCUCGGCCUUCCCCUCUGCCCACCUUGGGAAUGUAAAUACACCGUGACUUUGAAAGUUCCUACCCUUGCCCUUUCCCCAUAUGCCACUAGUGUGUAGGCAGAUGUCUGAGUCUCUAGGUGGUUUCUAGGUUUUAUAGCAAUUAGCUUUGAUGAUCCCAUCCCAGGAAAAAUAAAAACAGACAAAAAAAAAAAAGGAAAAAGGAAAGAUGGGUUCUCUCAGCUCUGCUGUGCUCCUGCCGGCAGCCCCUGUCUCCCUGUCUGCCUUUGCUUGGUCUGUGAAUGAGCCCUCUACAAAAAAACAAAAGUAUAUAUAUAUAUGUACAUAAAUAUCAGAAUUAUAACAGGCAAAUAAAAACCUG